AUGACCGCCAAGGCAGAGGCAUCUGUCUUCUGGCCCGGUAUCACCACUGCCAUCUCCAACCUCCGUGCUAGAUGCGACCAUUACAAUCAGAUUGCGCCGUCCAACCCUAGUUCGCCGCCAACUCCGCUGACUUCCCCGGUCUACCCAUUCCAAUGUAUCUGUGCUGACUUCUUCCAUUACAAAGGCUGCAAUUACUUGGUUGUCGUCGACCGAUACUCCAACUGGCCGAUACUGGCCUUAGAUGGUGGCCCCGAAUUUACAGCAGCAGCCACACGUCGAUUCCUCCAGGACUGGGGUAUCCAUCAUCGCCUUUCUUCCGUGGAAUACACCCAUAGCAACUGUCCCGCUGAAGUGGGUGUAAACACCAUCAGGCGCCUUCUCCUGGACAACAACAGUCCUACCGGUGCCCUUGACGCUGACGCAUUCCAACGUGCGAUGAUUCAGUACAGGAACACGCCUGACAGGGACAUCAAGCUCUCGCCCGCCAUGUGCGUAUUCGGCCUUCCUAUUCGGGACUUCAUUCCGGUGGCGCCCGGCAAAUACGAGCCUCAUCGCAUUUGGCGUGAGACCUCGGGAAGAUGCACUGCGCAAUCGCCACAUGAGAAGUGA